UGAUGACGCGUAUUGUCUAUCGAUAAACGUAAAAGACAACAAAUUCCACGUCACAGUCGGCUGGCACACGAAGUAAACGAGAAUCAAAACGGACAUCGUGGCCAAGCAUCGUGAUACUAACGAUUGGGCGCCUCAACAUAAUAUUGUGGCGCUCUGGGCGUGUGGAAGCGAGAGCGCUUAACUAUAACCGGCAAUACGAAAGCACAGCGUAGUGUGUGUGCAAGCGAGCAGGCAAUAAACAACAACGUGAACAAGUGGUAGUGAACCAGCAGCGGCAGCAGCAACAAAAACCAACAACACGACCAUACACUAUUGCCCGUUGGAGCCGAGAGUCGUUUGCGUGGCAGUUUUUUUUUUUUGGUUAUUGUUAGUGUUGUAGCUUUUGUUGCUACCGCUGACAGUGUGUUGUUGUACUGCUGCGGCUAGUGUGUCUGCGCGCUGUUGUUGUUGCUCGGCUCUGUUUGCCAGUAGGCCGCCUUGGCAUUCACACAGCGAUUUCGGUGAAACGUAGCAAUACAUCGGCCAGUCAGUCAGUCACUCACUCACAGGUGAGGCAGCAGCUAAACUAAAAGCCACAGGCAGGCAGGCAGGCAGCAGAGGCGGCUGGACCAGAGGCGCACUGGAUAUAGAAAAAAAUCAAAUAAAAAAUAUAUCGUUUAACAAGAACAACAAAUAAAACAAGUGGAAGCAAAAGAAAUAUACACAACUGAAAGACGCCUACGUCAGCAAAUUGCAACACAAAUUCCAAUCCUAGCAACAAGCCAGAAGAAGCAACAACAUUAAUCAUGGCCAUCAAACCUGGUCUCGGCCGCAAGACGAGCAACAAGAAUCCACCAAUACUUAGCCACGAGUUCGUCAUACAGAACCAUGCGGACAUCAUCUCCUGUGUGGCGAUGGUGUUUGUGGUUGGACUUAUGAACGAGUCGACGGCAUCGUUUGCCAGCGCCUUCAUAUCGCUGCACCACAAUGUGAGCGGCGAGGAGGCCAGCAGGGAGCAGCCGUAUGGCAAGCCGUAUACGUAUGUGGCCGGCAUUAAGGACUACUGUGCGAUAUUCUUCUACACGCUCACCUGCAUCAUUAUGCACGCCAUCAUCCAGGAGUUUGUGCUGGACAAGAUUAGCAAGAAGCUGCACUUGUCCAAAUUUAAGCUGGCCCGCUUCAACGAAUCUGGCCAACUGGUUGCGUUCUACCUGCUCUCAUUCAUUUGGGGCACGCACGUGGCGCUGCGCGAAGGCUACCUGGGCCAGGUAGCACUGCUCUGGGAGGGCUAUCCGGCACAUGCGAUGAGUUUCCUGCACAAAUUCUACUUCAUCAUCCAGCUGUCGUACUAUCUGCAUAUGCUGCCCGAGCUCUACUUCCAGAAGGUGCGCGCCAAGGAGGAGCAACAGCCCAAGAUCAUACAUUCCAUUAGCGGCUUCACGCUCAUCGUGUUGGCCUACACGCUCAGCUUCCAGCGUUUGGCCCUUGUUCUCCUCACCCUGCACUACUUCAGCGAGCUGCUCGUCCACAUUUUCCAGCUGAUUGGCGUGUUCGAUCGCGAGGAGCGCCUGGCACGCGUGCGCAUUGUGAACAACGCGUGCUUUGUCCUGGUGCGUUUCGCCACCUCAGUGAUUGGUGUGCUGACACUCUACUACGGCAUUUGUGUCUCCGGCGGCAGCUACAAUCUGCGUGCGGUUAUCGCACUCAUCGGUCUGAUCGCCGUUCAGGGCUAUCUGGUGUUCUCCUUCAUAACCGAGCAGCUGCGCGCCAAGCGUGAGGCGAAACGUGAGGCCAAGCUGCUGGCAGCACAGUCCAAGAAGGUGAAGGCGCCCAACAAGGACAAGGUGAAGCGCAAGAAGGAGAGCGAUCUGCCCGAGGCGGAUCAGGUGUCCUCCAGUCCGGUUAAGCAAAAGCUCAAGUGAAGCAGCUCAGCUGCAGAUGCAGCUGCAGCCACAAUCAAAUGCAACAAAAUCUUCCGCACACUUCCAGACGCUCAAGUAACAAACAAACGAAAAUACAAACAACAAACAACAAACAGCAAACAAACAACAACUACAACACGAACAGAACAGACUCUAUUAGCGAACUCAAGCACUGGCUACACUAAACAACACAACACAACACAACAAAACAUAUGAAACAUUUUUCUACUGUCGCAUUUACAAUAUUCUCUCAGAGCGUAAGCUAUUUGUAAACCUAAAUG